GUCAAGACAAAGUCCUCUGGAAGAAGCAGAAAGAUGGAACGCGUAAAUGCCCGUAAUGUUGUGGAGACAUACUUUGAAGGAAAGCAUUUGAGGUUGUCUGACCUAAAAGAAGAGGACAUAGAUCACAGGUAUCUAUUUAGGAACGACAUUCCUGCUUAUCCUGAAUCUGUAGAAUUCCAAGUACAGAAGUUGUCCCAUGUCACUGGGAGAUAUGGGCUUGAGGGUAUUUUUAAAGAUUCAGGAUUUAGACAGCCAUCAGACACAUCCCAUUUUCUCUGGUGGGCAUUAUCAGUGUCACCUGAUGACAUACGCUCUGCCGAGCAACGCUUUCUGGCGUCCUUAUUUCCUAAUACCCAAAUUUACAACCCACAGCCCUUUCUUGAAUACUUCACCACCUCCAAGGCCUUCCAGAAAGAAUCUCCAUAUGGAAACUUCUGCUUCACAUUUUCAUUUCGAGAGCUCCUGUAUCUCUAUGGUGACCAGUUCUGUACUGGCACUCCAGUUCUGCGUGUUUAUGAGACGGUGUUGUACCGGCGAGAGAUUCUCUAUACCAUUGUUGUGCAUCCUCGCAACAUACAUCUUUAUGACAGUUAUCCACGACUUCCAAAUACUGGUGAUGGUGUGUGUGGGUACCGUGAUGGUAACAUAUGGUGGCAUUGUCAGGCCCCCUCAGAAACCUACUGGCACAGGCUUAAUGUAAACCGGCGGAAUUCCAGUGUUCAUGUAACCACCCAUAAAGAAGAAAAUUAUGUGUGGGAUCAUGUGUGUGUAGCCUUUCACAUGGAGCCCGGGUGGGUGUUGCAUGUGGAUCAGGGCAGGCUAUUUAAAAGAGUAAAUGUGUGUGGGGUGUCUCGGCCCUGUCUCCUAAAACACCCAGAGACUCCAUUGAGUUUACACAAGGCUAAGAACAUUCUAAUAAAUCUUAAAGCUAGUAUGGGCUAGGCUGGGGCUUUAAACAAGUCAGUCCAUAGUGGAUACAGAUAUUACAUUCACGUGAAAAAAUGAGGAAUAAUGAUGUCACUUGCUCCAAUUACACCAUUGAUAACACCACUUAUUUUAAUAAAGAGAAAUAGUUGUCAUAAUUAAAACAAAUAUUUGAGGAGCUCAGAUUCAAAAGACGUUAAAUGUCACCUCCGUCAAAAAUAAGAUAAAGAUAUUAACCGAAUACUCUCAUAGCGUAUUUUACGUUCAUCACUUCAAAUCUGUUUAAUCCCCACAACAAAGCAUUCAGAAAUAAUGGUUUGUUGGCAGAAUUCCAGGUAAAAAAUGCUUAUUUUUAAGAAAAUGUGUCAGACGCAUUUACAGGGUUUUGCAUCUGUGCUCUUCAGUAACAAGCUAUUCAAAAUCACAUUUUAUAGCAUUAAUAAGUUAAUCACGUAAAUCAUUUAUUGGUUGUUGUGUCCGUUAUAUUUUGUAACUAAUAAUUAAUUAGGGAAAGAAUGGGUCACAUAGUUAGGCAUGCACAACGUUUUGAUUUCUGCCAAAGAUACAACCAGGGGUACAUUUUCUGUACAACAAUCAAACUAAAUGCUUAACCACCACCGUAGGGAAAUAAAUGAUGUACUUAUGACUGUUUACUAAAACUAUACUAACUGUGUCAGAGAUGCAUUGGUUUAACCACAUUGAUAAAAAAUGUACAGAUGAUGGAAAAAUUAUGUUCAGAUCGAAAUCAAAUUUGCAUUGACCCUGGAAAGCCAUUUAUUGAGAGACAUUAUUGUUAUUUUCCUUAUUGUUUAUUUUUAUUCAUUCUGUUUAUUGACUUUUAUGUAUUGUCUUUUACUGUAUUGUAUAUUGCUAUUGUGUACUCAUUUAAUUUUUCUUGGUUAUAGGGUGUUACACCCCGGUUGCCGUGAUUUUGGUCACCAAGUAAGAUGUAACAUUUUUGUUGAUCCUGGAUCAACUGUUUAAUCAAAGAUACCCCAAACUACCCUUAACUCGAACCCUAACCAUUUUUAAACCCUCAAAUUAGUGUGAAAUAAUAGUUUGAGGAGUAUUUCUUAAAAAUCCCUAACCCAAUCCUAAAUCUAACAUACACACUAAUCCUAAUCGGAUUGGUUAAUGAAAAUGUUGAUCCAGGACCAACAAUGGUGUUGAUCCAGGAUCACAUCUUACUUGGUGAAAUCACGUUCACCGUUCUACCCCAUCUGAGUGGAAUUCAAAAUAAAUAAAUUUUUAUUAAAGUACAAAUGACCAUAAAGUAAUCUUAAAUUAUGAAUAUAUUUACACUGUAAUGAUCAAUACGCAUUUGCCAGAUAAUUGGCAACUUUCAUUACGUGAUAAAAGUGAUAUGUUGACAGAACGCUCAUUUAUCAUUGAACUCGUUUCACACACCUUUGCUUUAAGUUUUUGUAAUUAGCUACUGGUUUUAAUGCAUAAGCUAUGUGGAGGGCACAUCAGCUUUAGCUGUCUGCUUUUUAAAUAUUUGUA